UGAGUUUAUUAAACGAAAACUGUCAGCAAGAAAAACUUUCGUUGAUAAAAAAGUGUCCUUUACAGAAAAAGGGGAAGAAUGAGUGGAUUAUGAUAAGAUAUUCAUUAAUAUCCGUGACUAAAUCAUGAUUAACAUGAAAAUGUUCACGUUAAAGUGAUUGACAAUUUUUUUUAAAUAAGACAAAAGAAAAUAUUUUUGUGAAAAAAAGUCAAAGUUUAGAAGUGAAAAUUAAUACAUAAGCAUGGAGACUGACAGCUAUGACAUGCGUUUUGGUGGACCUGAUGGAGGCAAGAACACUUCAAUGUUCAGUAUUGAUUCGAAAGUUUUGACACAAUGGAAAAUUAAGAAGAAACACGAGCACAUCGAGAAAAUUUGCAAAUUGAUAGUAAACCGCUUAUUUAAUUACCAGCAGUGUUCACAAUAUUUAGAGUAUCGAUCAUCAGUAGCAUCAUCGUCAUCAGGAUCAUCAAUGCAAUGGAAUGACACAAAUCUAUUACAAUGGAUGCGAGAACAUCCAAAUGCAACAAACUUUAUUGAUUUAUCAUAUUUAAAUGGUACCAUGGAGUAUAUAAAUGAUACACGUAUAAUAACAGGUGAUAUGGCAUCAUCAACGAACAUUCCAUUGCAGGUCUUACCGCCCUUUUCAUUAUGGCAGACAAUAUUUAUAGCAAUUUGCUUAGCCGCUUGUAUUCUAUUGACUGUGGGCGGAAAUACGCUUGUAUUACUUGCAUUUAUUGUCGAUAGGAAUAUACGACAGCCUAGUAAUUACUUUAUAGCUUCCCUUGCUGCAACCGAUAUGCUAAUUGGAACUGUAUCAAUGCCAUUUUAUACUGUCUAUGUAUUAAUGGGCUAUUGGGAUUUGGGGCCUCUUUUAUGUGAUCUUUGGCUUUCUGUUGACUACACUGUUUGUCUGGUAUCACAAUAUACAGUCUUAUUAAUCACCAUUGAUCGCUUUUGUUCUGUGAAAAUUGCUGCAAAAUAUCGAGCCUGGAGGACGAGAGAUAAGGUUUUAUGGAUGGUGACAAUCACAUGGAUUAUACCGGCAUUACUGUUCUUUAUAUCCAUUUUCGGUUGGGAGCAUUUUGUUGGUUACAGAGAUUUACUUCCUGGUCAAUGUGCCGUACAAUUUCUUAAAGAUCCUGUAUUUAAUACUGCCUUAAUUAUCGGAUACUAUUGGACAACGUUAAUUGUUUUAUUUAUUUUAUAUGGUGGCAUUUACAAAACGGCUUAUGAUAUGCAAAAGAAGAGUGAAGCUAAGCAAAGGAAAAUGCAGAGCAUGGUGGCACUAAGUGCAGGAUUUACUGGAAUGGCUGGACGAGCAGCAGGCAUCGGGAUAUCAUCGAAAGCAGAAUCAAGUACGGCUGCUGAUAAAUUGGCCAUAACACCGACAACAGCACAAGAGACAAAUGAAAAAUCGGAUUCAAGUAGAAGUAAUCAAGACGGUUCAUCUGAUGACCAAACAAAGAGACGAAAAAGUUCAACGACAACAGCGGCAAAUAAGAAAAUGUCUGUUGACAAUAGUAAGUCAAAUGAAAAGAAUAAGAAGAAGGAUAAUAAGGACAGUAGUAAUGAUGCAACGACAGGCGAUAAGAGUGAGAGAUCAAGUAGCCCUGCAUUUGAUUCCGAUGAGGACAGUUCUGGAACUAAUAAUCAGCCAAUACAAACACUUUCUGUUCCAGUUGUGGCAAAGAAAAGGCCAUCAAUUGCUGGAUUGUUGGAAAACCUCCUUCCAAUCAGCAAGUCAACGUCAGGUCACCUACAUAGUGAGAGCAACAUCAACAAUAAUUCAACAAAUACAAACAAUAAUACUAGUAACAAUAAUAACAAUAAUAAUUUAAAUAUAAAUAAUUCCCAGUCACAAACACUAACAUUAUUAGACCAAGAAUUAAAAUUAAAUUAUCAUGAGGCUCGAAGUCUCUCACAGCCAAUAUCACCGGAAUCAAUCGAGCCGAUAAUUGUGAAGAAAGAAGAGAGAAUAAAGAGCUUAGCAAAGACAAUAUUAACGCCACCAAGUGAUUUUAAGACGAGUCCAAUAGUAAAUCGAAGUCGACCACACAGUGUAGUUAGCGAUGGCGAGGGAUUAAGAGACUUAUCCGAUGACAUUGUAUGCCGUAUGGAUGGUGCUGAUUUAAGAUUUUUGGACGAAAGUUCCGUUAUGCUUCCAUCGCCAUCAAAUGACAGUCCAAUGCCCAUUCAUCGUCCACCACUUAAUACAAAUAAUAACAAUAAUUACAAUAAUGUUGCAACGAAUCCAUCGUUACUGCAUAAAGCUUUAAUUCAAGCAACAGCUCAAUCACAACCGAAAGUCUUGCUGAAGACAAACAGUCAUGAUACUAAAAGUAUUUCACCGCAGAGUGAGAAGGACUGUAUAUCAAUGCCAAUUGUACCGACAGUGCAGUUUCAUGCUUCAUCUCCUCCUCCUGUCAAACAGCGAAAGUUCCGUGAGACGGAAGUGUCAGUGACAAAUCAUACAGAUAAUAAGCCUGUGACGACAAUAAUACAGAAUGUAGAUGGUUUGGAUGAUGAUGAGAAUCAACCGAAUCCGGAUGAUGAGAUUGAGAAGUUAGUUCAGGAUGCUGCAAAAUCGAAUGUUGAGUCAGCAUUAAAACUUGAUGAGACAAAUAAGCUCAUGCCAAAGUCUGAUCGAUACAAUAAUAAUAAUAACAAUAAUACUAAGAAUAAUAAUAGUAAUAAUAAUAAUAAUAAUAGCAAAGAUCGUAAGACAUUUUUACAAACUUUACGAAAACGAUUUCGAAUUGAUGGAAAGAAAAAGUCAGGGACAUUGUUGGGCUUUGUUGGGAAUCGACAAAAAUCGAAAUCAGAAAAUCGAGCACGUAAAGCAUUUCGUACAAUUUCAUUUAUUUUGGGUGCAUUUGUUCUAUGCUGGACGCCAUAUCAUAUAUUAGCAUUAGUCGAGGGCUUUUGCCGUAAUCCACCAUGUACAAAUGAGCAUUUAUAUAUGUUCAGCUACUUCCUUUGUUAUGCUAACUCACCGCUCAAUCCAUUCUGCUAUGCUCUCGCCAAUCAACAGUUUAAGAAAGUUUUUAUGAGACUUUUGAAGCUUGACUUUCAUGUGAGAUAAGUUGGUUGUUUUUUUGGAGGGUGCUGAGCUG